UUGCGUUGUUGUGUCGUGCCUGACUGUGACUGUGUGUGGAAAACAUGGGCGAUGUGAGUGAGGCGUCUCUGCUGGAUUACAUCUAUUCCUCGGGAGGGAAAGUUACAAAUUCUGACUUGAUGAGGACGUUUAAGCAGUUUGUAAAUCACCGCGAUUUACAACUACGUGCCAAAUACAGGGAGGAGUUCAAGCUCAUCAUCGACCGGAUAGCUGUGUGUAAAUCCGAGGACGGAGAGAAGUACCUCAUUCUGAAGAAGAAGUACAGACUGCUCAUGCAGGAUCGUAAGUCUGAGCCUUUAAUCUUAGGACAGAAGCUCGGUCCUGGUCCCAUGCAGGCAAGAAAGAAGGAGAAAACAGCACAGGUAGAAUGGUGUGUAGGACCCACCAUUACUGUCACCGAAACCGAGGAGGAGACGGAAAAUCAGGUAACAGAUGGCCAUUCCACCCUGUUGGUCUUCGUGGAGAACGCUGAAACUCCUGAGCCUACAGACGCAGAGGAUGAGCUGGAAAAGGACUCAGGAUCAAAGUCUGAGUCGGAGCAUGAUGAGGAAUCUAUGGGCAGUGUGGGCUCUGCUGCUGUGACUCUGGAUCCUAUUGAGAAAGAGUGGAUCUACUCCGCUGCCUGUGGCCGGCUCUCCCACCUCACCCAGCUCCUCAAGCAAGACAUCUCACUGGCCAACAAAAAAGAUUUUACUUCUUUUACUGCUCUGCACUGGGCUGCCAAGCACGGCAAAGAGGACAUGGCUGCUGCUAUGGCUGAUGCGGGCGCUGACGUCAACACCAAAGCUCAUGUAAGUAACCGCUCUUGGCUCGCCCCGUGUUUGCACUGGAAGUCGCCAGGUACAGUGACACUCCUCUCACAUGCCUACAACGGAUACACACCUUUACACAUAGCUGCACUGCAUGGACACCUCCACAUAGUUGAUCUACUCAUCCAAGUGUAUGGAGCAAAGGAAAACCUUCGAGAUUACAGCGGUCACUUUGCAUCCCAUUACUUAAACAUACAGACAAAAGUUGAGGAAAGCAUUGAUCUGAAUGCCGGGUGCCAAAGCCCAGCGCAGGUGAACGAGCGGCGCAACAAGAAGCUUACUUCCCUUUUUCAAUCCCGGAAGAAGUGGGGCUCCGCGGAAGAACUGGCACCUGUACCGGAGGAGAGGAGCGUACCCCAGCAGUUGAUGAUUCCUGCCUUCAGACCAAGGAAGUUCUCCCGCUGAAUUGAUAUUAACGCUCCACGCUGCACUUUUAAUUCACUUUCAGUUUAGUCCAGCAGUAUUUAGAACCAGGGUUCAGUUUGGAUGUGGAUACACUAUGUGGUCAAAAAUAUGUGGACACCUGAUGGUGAGACUUUUCGAACAUAUAUGCAGGUGGUCCAGGGUUUGAGGCUAUUUACAUUUACAUACACGCAACUGCUGCCUUAUUUAUGUAAUGAAACUUUAGCUUGCCUUUAGAUGUACAGAUGUAUGAUGGUCUUAAAUACAACAAAGAGCCAUAACAUCAGGAAUGUCUGUCUAAAAAUGCUGGCAAAACAAGGAGGAUUUGUGUGGUAUCUGGCACUAAAACAUUCCGACAGUUCUUUCAACUUGUGCCAACUGGUGCCAACUCUUCCAUGGGUGGACAAUGCACGUGUCCUGGAUGUCCACAAGACCUUGGAGAAAUCAGGAUUCAACAGGCCAGUCAAACUUCCUCCCGUUGCUUCGUGUCCGGGUCUGAUGCCUGCAUGCCUGCCUGCCUGCCACUUAUAGGUGCUUUUGAUGGUGGACAGGAGUUAGCAUGGGCACUUUGACUGGCCUGUAAGUAUAUUCUGCCCCAUAUACAGUAGGAUUUGAUGAACUAUGUGUCGUGACACAUUCUCAUCAUCGCCAGUUUUAAAAAGAUCAGCAAUUUGAGCAACGAGUCCCAACAUUAGUAUAUCCCUGACCAUCAUAUGUACAAUUUUUAUAAAAUACGCAUUGCCAUGCACAUUUUGGGAAGUGACCCAUCAGUAUUUUGGCCUAAAUGUGAAUUUUUUGAAUCUUUAUAACCAUUUGUGGCAUUCAGCCGAUGCUUAUUUCCAAAGCGUGUUGGCUUCUGUACUUAAAACUGUUUGCGUAUGCCUAGUAAAA